AUGCCUUCCACUCUUUCACAAGAAUCCAUUCUCCAAUUCAAACAUUCCUUCUCCUUGCUAGAUACUGAUCGGAAGGGUUUUGUGACCAUUGAUGAUAUCAAGAUUAUGUUGAGAGCACUUCAUAUUAGAAUUGAUGAGGAGGAUAUUGAUGAUUUGAUUCAUCAGGUAAAAUCAAUGGAUAGAGAAACUGUGGAGAGAUUAUAUGAAACCUCUGUUUAUAACGUUAAUUUUUCAACAGUUAAUAAUAAUAAUACAACAACCAAUGGUAAUUAUAAUACAGAGAGUAGUAGUGAGCAACAAUUGUCAUCAUUGGAUGAGGAGGAAUCAUUGGAUGAUGAGGAUGAUGACAAUUCAUUGGCAAUGACAGAGAAAGACACCAACAAGAACAUUGUAGAAUUGGUCAAUAGUAAUGAUAAUUCAUCCAUUAUUCCACUUGUGAAGAUUAAUCCAAAGAGAUUGAAAAAAUCGGAAAAGUUUAUUGCUUAUAGACAUGGUUUCGAUUUACCAGAAUUUAUUGCUUUUAUUUCUUUUGCUGUGAAUAGAGAAUAUCCAAAUAUUGGAGCUCAUCCAAAUGAAAGUUUUCAAGAAUUGGAUACAGAUGAGUUGAUAGGGAAUAGUGGAAAUCAAUCACAAUUAUUUGAAAAUAUGGAUGAAUUAUUCUCUAUAUUUGAGGAUGUUAAUGAUAAGGGAUAUAUUACCAAAGCAUCAUUAAAAUCAGCGAUUGAGAAUGUUGGUGAAUUCCUUCCAAAUGAAAUAUUUGAUCAAAUGUUUCACGAGGUUGAUUUUGCAAAAACUGGGAAAAUAUCUAGAAUCCAGUUUGCAUCCAUUUUUGAUCAUUGA